GAGUUAACUAAAAAAAUGGUACACCUUGCAAUUUCCAUAGACUUAAAACAACAAGGUAGUUGUUGAAGCCCACGAAAAACUCAAAUCAGCCAAACCACAGAUCAAAUACAAACAGAGCAUUGAGAACCGUCGGAUCUAGGUUAGAAGAAACCACAAAGCCAUCAUCGUUCCAAAUACCGAGUAUAUAAGUCAACGUAAACAGAUUUUGGGCUUUCACGCAUUCUCGCUCUGGUAAAGGUCUCUCUAGGGUUUCUUCCUUAAACCUUCUUUACUUUCCACAUUAUAGAGAGGUUAAAGGUCGGCGCUGCUCUUGCCGUCCGCCUUGAUUAAGCUAUAGCUGCUUCGUCUUGGCCCUCGAUUUUGCUUUAACUCUAAUAUCCUUUAUCUUCCAUUUUCAAACCCCAAAUUUUCAUAAUGGGCAAGCUCUCCAAGGCCGAGAAGAAGAUCAACUACGACUCCAAGCUAUGCCAGCUUUUGGACGAUUUCACCCAGGUCCUUAUUGUGGCUGCUGACAAUGUUGGAUCUACCCAGCUCCAGAACAUUCGUAAGGGUCUUCGUGGAGAUUCAGUGGUGCUUAUGGGUAAGAACACUAUGAUGAAGCGUUCAAUCAGGAUCCACUCUGAGAAGACAGGCAACCAGGCCUAUCUCAAUCUCAUUCCCCUUCUUGUGGGUAAUGUUGGUCUGAUUUUCACCAAGGGUGAUUUGAAGGAAGUUAGUGAAGAGGUCUCGAAGUACAAGGUCGGAGCCCCUGCUCGUGUGGGUUUGAUUGCCCCGAUUGACGUGGUUGUUCCUCCUGGCAACACUGGUCUCGAUCCAUCUCAGACUUCUUUCUUCCAGGUGCUUAAUAUCCCAACUAAGAUUAACAAGGGUACUGUCGAAAUUAUCACCCCAGUUGAGCUCAUCAAGAAGGGUGACAAGGUUGGUUCCUCUGAGGCUGCCCUUCUUGCCAAGCUUGGCAUCAGGCCAUUUUCAUAUGGUCUUGUUGUCCAAUCUGUUUAUGACAAUGGCUCAGUCUUCAGCCCUGAGGUUCUUGAUAUGACUGAAGAUGAUCUUGUUGGGAAGUUUGCUUCUGGUGUAGCUAUGGUUACCUCAUUGGCAUUGGCAAUUUCAUACCCCACUAUUGCUGCUGCUCCUUCCAUGUUCAUCAAUGCCUACAAGAAUGUUCUAGCUGUGGCUGUUGCUACUGAAUACUCGUUCAGACAGGCUGAUGAAGUUAAGGAGUUCUUGAAGGACCCUAGCAAGUUUGCUGUCGCUGCUGCCCCAGUUGCUGCUGCUGCAGGCGGAGCUGCUCCAGCUGCUGCCAAGGUCGAAGAGAAGAAGGAUGAGCCAGCUGAAGAGUCAGAUGAUGAUAUGGGAUUCAGUUUGUUUGAUUAAGUUAUAUGUUAGUUGUUUUUACCAUUUUAGGAUUUUGAGUUUAUCUCUUGCUUGAUUAUCUUUUUUGCCUCAAUACAUUUUCGUUUUUAUUUCUUAUUUUGGAGAUGUUCUACAAAUAUAAAUGGUUGCUUAGGUUAUCAAUUUAAUUUUUAUUGACUA